AUGAUCAAACUAUUCGCUGAAACAAAUUAUGAUAAUAAUAUUCUGCCAUCCAAUGAAACGACAAUUGUAAUCGUUGAAUUAACUGUACAAAGUAUCACCGAUAUCAGCGAGAUAACGAGUAGUUUUAAGGCUGAUGUAUGGUUUAGCCAAAUCUGGCACGAUCGGAGGCUCGCUUUUCAGGACCAAAAUUAUUGUUUAAAAAAUCUUUCAUUAGCUUCACAUAAACUGCCAAAACUUUGGACACCAAACGUUUGUUUCGUGAAUAGCAAAAAAGUUGAAGUUCAUACUUCACCAUCUCAAAAUAUUCUUUUAUUGAUUUUUCCAAAUGGAACUAUAUGGCUUAAUUAUAGAGUGAGCCUACAAGGACCUUGCCAUCUUGAUUUAACCUACUUCCCAAUGGACAUACAACAAUGCAGUCUUAUUUUCGAAAGCUAUUCAUAUAAUACCGCAGAAGUACGAAUUGUAUGGCGUGAUUGGGAACCAAUAUCCAUACCUGAUUCGAAUAGUCGAAAACUACCCGACUUUGAGCUAAUCGAAUUCAUUAACAAAAAUUUAACAUUGCUAUAUACAGCAGGACUAUGGGACCAAUUAGAGGCUGUAUUCUUAUUUCGUCGACUCUAUGGCUACUAUAUACUUCAAGCUUAUUUACCAACUUACUUAUCCGUAUUUAUCUCAUGGAUAGCAUUCUGGAUAGAUACAAAAGCAUUACCGGCAAGAAUUACUCUUGGCGUUAGUUCAUUGAUGGCACUUACCUUUCAGUUCGGUAAUAUCGUCAAAAAUCUACCUCGAGUUUCAUAUGUUAAGGCACUUGAUAUUUGGAUGUUCGGCUGUGUUGGAUUCAUAUUUUUAUCACUUGUUGAGUUGGCAAUGGUUGGUUUCGUAGAUAAAUUACAAGGAAAACGUAAACGGGUAAAGCGCACAAAAGAAUCCAUACAACAACAUAUAUCGACAGCAAUUCGAAUUGCAACAAAUCAUGAAAAACAUUUACAAACAAGCAGUAUUUCAAAGAUUGACAAAAAUUUAUUAAAUAACGAAAAAAAACAUUCAACGAUUCGCGAAUUUCAAAGAAUGCCGGCAUUCAUUCAACGCAUUUCUUCAAAAAUAUUUCCUUUGAUGUUCAUCGCAUUUAAUUUAUUUUAUUGGUUUUAUUAUAUUGGAAUGUCACGCAAUUUUCAGCCUCAACCAUUAAAAAAUUAA